GUGCCUUAUUUCCUGGUGUCAGGUUUAACCGCAAGGAAGUUUAGCCUUGUGUAUAUAAUCACACGACAAUACGCCAUUCACGUGAAAGGAGUUAUGCCGUUUUGAUGUGAAACGAUAAGAAUUAUCGCUAUUAUUCAGCAAACACCUAGAAUUUUGAUCUGUAAUCAAGGAUUUGUCAUCGAUAUUUUACCAAAUGUCGUAAUUUUAUUUUAUAUUUUGUAAAUGUGGUAGCAUCAAUUUCAUAAUUAUUUAUAUUACAACAAGCUGAUGCGGGACUUAGAGUCCGAAAUGCAUUCUUUUUGGAAAAAUAAAGUAAUUUUCUAAGGCUGGUCUUGUGUCCAGUGACGGUGUAAUGAGUCUAGCAAUAAAGAAAGACCAACAUGGUGCUCACAAGUAUAUAAUUUUACAAGACUAGACAAGAAGAAAUCUUGACGAAUUUAUUGUUUCAUCUGCAGUGGUAGUUUCAAGGACAAUGUUAGGAAUAAAAUACCGUAUUCGUCGCAGAAAGAAAUUCAAUGUUGCUUUUGGAAGAUGUCAAAAAAUCAUCUGCAGAAUUUUUUGAUCAGCAAAUACCAAUCACUUGGACGAAUUAUAGGAAAAUAUCCAUUAUAUUUCCUUCUUCUUCCAUUAUUAUUUUCAAUUGUUAUGGCUUCAUUUAUUUAUAAAAUGGAAUUUUCGAGAGACCCAUUUUACUUAUUUAGUCCUAUAAAUGGUCAAUGGUCAAAAGAUAAAGAUGCUAUUAUUCGAUUGUUUCCAAUGGAUGCUGAUGGUUAUGAUCCAAGCAGGGCAAUUGAUGACGAUAACUUUAUUUUAUUUCAAAUAAUAGCGAAAGAUGGACUUAGUAUAUUACGAGAGAAUGUAUUUGAAGAAAUUGUCCAAUUUAACAAGAUUAUAACAAAUUGGAAUGUAAAUUACGAAGGUAAAAAUUGGACUUACAAUCAAUUGUGUUCCAAGUAUAAUAAGCAAUGCCCACCAAACUACGGAUUACUCUUAGAUAAAAAAAUUAAAAAAUUUCGCGAGGGAAAAUUUAAAGUGGUUUAUCCUAUUGAAAUUGACUUGAAAAAAUUUAAAGUGAUUCCUUGGUUUUAUAAUUUGGGAGGAGUUACGACAGACGAAAGUGGACAUGCACUAGAUGCUUUGGCUUUUAGAUUGGUAUAUACAUUAAGUAUAAAAGAUGAAAAACAAGUAAUUUGUAAGGAAUGGGAAACAACUUUACAGCAACAUCUCAAAGGCAUUGCAUUUCAAGAGAUAAUUAUAGAACCUGUUGGAUUAUCCACCUUCAAAACAGAAAUGAAAAUAUUUAUAUCAUCAUCUUUACCACUAGUUAUAUAUUCUUUGCUAUGCACUGUAUUAUUUGCUGUUGUUUCUUGCAUGACCAAUGAUUGGGUAAGAAGCAAACCUUGGCUAGGAGUGUCAAGUUGUAUAUCUGCUCUUUUGUCCGUAGCUAGUACAUUUGGAUUUUUAACAAUAUUAAAAGUUGAAUCUGCCGAUAUUACUAUCGUCCUUCCAUUUUUAAUAUUAGGAAUGGGUAUCGAUGAUUCUUUUGUGUUAAUAUCGGCUUGGAGGAGAUCAAAUGUAAAAAAGAGUGUAGAAGAAAGAAUGGGUGAAAGUUAUUCCGAAGCAGCUGUUUCCAUUACAAUAACUUCAUUAACUAGUUGCCUUUCUUUUUGCAUUGGUAUUAUUACAAACUUACCGAUUGUCAGAAUAUUUUGCAUUUUUGCAUCCGUAGCAAUAUUCUUUACAUAUAUAUAUCAAAUCACGUUUUUUGGCGCUUGUAUGGCCUUAAGUGGAUAUAGAGAAGAAAAAAGAAUUCAUUCUUUACUUUGUUGCAAACGAUUACAAAAUGAAAAAGAAAGUUCUGAUUCGCAUACAGAAAAAGAUUCGAUUUUGAAAUUCUUUGAAGAUAAAAUUGGAGAAUUAUUAAUGAAGACCUGGAUAAAAACACUUAUCGUAAUCUCUUAUUUUUUGGUGUUACUUUUAUCAAUUUGGGCACUGAGUCAAUUAAAAGAGGGAGUUUCGGUUAAAAGAGUUGUUCCAAAAAAUUCAAACUUAAAUAAAUUCUUCGACAUACAUUAUAAAUAUUUUCCGAAAUAUUCUCUCCGGAUACAUGUGGUCAUAAACGCUCCUCUUAAUUAUGCUGAUCCAAAUGUUCAGAAAGAUUUACAAGAACUUAUAGCAACAUUUGAACAAAAUCCUUAUAUUACGAAUGUUACGGAAGCGUGGUUUGAUGUUUAUAAAAUGGCAACUGAAUUGUCAUUGUCAAAACAUUAUUUUGAUCGUUUUAAUUUGUCAGUAAAAGAAGAAUAUAUUGAUGCUUUACGUCAAAUUGUCUUAAAAUUUCCAUUUACUAAAAACUAUGAAAAUGAUAUUGCUUUUAAUGAGAAUUAUACAGAGAUUGUAGCGAGUAGAUUUUUCUUGUUAGCUGAUGAAAUCCAAAGUGGACCGGAUGAAAGAAACUUCUUAAUAAAUAUGAAAAAAAUUGCCAAGAACAGUAAAAUACCCAUAAUAGUUUAUUGUAUUCCUUUCCCUUUCUUCGAACAAAUGAUUGAAACCAAAUUUAUAACAAUUCAGACAAUCUGUAUUGCUGCAUGUGCAAUGAUGGUCGUAUUUUUUAUAAUUAUAUCGAAUCCGUUAUGCUGUUUCUGUGUAACCAUUGUGAUUAUUACAGUCCAAGUUGAAACAAUCGGUUUGAUGGCUUUUUGGGAUAUAAGUUUGGAUUUGUUUUCAUUAAUAGUUUUGAUUAUGUGUGUUGGAUUUUCUGUUAAUUACCCGUCUCAUAUUACCUAUGCUUACAUUACAACUGAUUCUAAUGAUAAAAAACAACGACUGAAAAAUUCUUUAUAUGCAGUGGGAAUGCCAAUUGUGCAAGGAUCGGUCUCUACCAUUUUAGGUAUUGUAAUAUUGGCAUUUGAUUCGUCAUAUAUGAUGUUGGUUUUUGUAAAAAUUACUUUAUUGAUCAUACUAAUUACGGCAUUUCAUUCUUUUCUAUUCCUCCCCGUAAUGCUUAACACUUUCGAUGGUUUAUUUUCAAAAAUGUUUAAUAAGAAAAAAAUAUCUAUAACAAAAAAAAGUGAAAUAGAUUCUCGUAAUCAUCAAAACAUUUCCAACGAUAUGCACAAUAAAUCUUUCUCUUUGAAUAUUGUAAAAUAAAUCUCAUUAGUAUUAAGGCUGUUACCAUCAUCUAAAUUAGCUGGAUGUAAGCUGAAAGAGAUGAAUUCCUAUCAUCACAAAUCUCAAAGAAUUGAAUUCAAGAGAAAUGAAACUUGUUACAUUGAUACGAAGUUAUUUUAUCGUCUUAUUUUUGUCUAUUUUAUGACAUAUGUGAUAAAUAUUUUUAAAAUCUGUCUACACCUUUUGAAUUUGCAUUGUAUAAAACUUUUUAAUACAAAGUACUUUCAUUUUAAGUAAAUUUUAUAUACACAUAUACUGGUUUUUCACUUUAUAGUAAUAAAAACUGUUGACAUGAUAUCAAAAUAA